AUGUCAGUCAUUCGCCAUAUUAACCCAGGAUUGACACAAUUCAUUGCGGAUCUGAGAAAUGCACGGGCUCGGGAAAUGGAAGAGAAACGAGUGAACCAGGAGCUGGCCAACAUCCGACAAAAGUUCACGGACCCCAAUCUCAGCGGCUACCAAAAGAAAAAGUACGUGGGCAAGCUGCUGUACAUUUACAUUUUGGGCUACAAGGUGGACUUUGGCCACCUGGAGUGUGUCAAGCUCAUCAACUCGACGAAAUUGAGCGAGAAACAAAUGGGAUACAUUGCGCUGUCGGUGCUCAUCAAUGAGGAUCACGAACUGGUGCAUAUGGUGAUCAACUCUGUGCAGAAAGACCUGGAUGGUAUGGACGAGAUGCACAACUGUCUGGCGCUUCAUCUGGUGGCUACGGUGGGUAGCGAGAUGAUGGGCAGCGAGCUAAACCACGACGUGUACAAACUGCUGAUUUCGCCUACCAGUUCGACCUUUGUGAGGAAGAAGGCUUCUUUGGCGCUGCUACGACUGUUCCGAAAGAACCCCAAUAUUGUGGAGCCCCAAUGGUACGACCGAAUCAUUGCUCUGAUUGACGAUCCGGACCUUGGAGUGGCUACCUCAGUCUGUUCUCUGGCUAUUGCUUUGGUUCAACACGACCCAGAGGCCUGUGCAACUUCCCAUAUCCGAGUAGUCAGACGACUCUACGACCUGUGUGUCAACAACCAGGCGCCCAGAGACUAUAUUUAUUACGGAGUCCAGUCGCCGUGGUUGCUAGUGAAGAUGCUCAAGCUCCUGCAAUAUUACCCUCCUCCGGAUGCUGCAAACGAGACUACCACCGACAUGCUGCGCCAGACUGUGCUCGAAACUGUGGAUAAGUGCUCCCAACCCGCCCAGAGCUCGCAACAAAGUAACGCCCAGCAUGCCGUCUUGUUUGAGGCUAUCAACCUGUGUAUUCAUAUGGACAUGGCUCCCGAUGCAAAGCUGCUGUCUAUCCUAGGCGAUUUUAUUUCGUCAAAGGAGACAAACUUAAGAUACCUGGCCCUCACAGCCCUGGCCCGUCUGGCUGCUCGAUACGAGGUCUCGUCGCAAAUGUCGGAAAACAGUGCACUUCCUGUCAAAAAGUUUCUCAUUACGGUGCUUGGAAACCUCAAGGACAAGGACAUUUCUAUCCGACGAAAGUCUCUGGAUGUGCUCUACUGUGUCUGUGACUCGUCCAACGUCAAGACUAUCGUCGCCGAGCUGCUUAGAUACCUUGUUACUGCUGACUUCGCCAUCAGAGAAGAAAUGGUCAUCAAGAUUGCCGUUCUGGUUGAAAAAUAUGCAACUGAAUACAAGUGGUAUGUGGACAUUUCGCUCAAGCUGAUUGCUGUUGCCGGGGCACACGUGUCCGAAGAAGUUUGGCAGCGAGUCGUUCAGAUUGUCGUCAACAACGAGUCUCUCCAGCAGUACGCCAGUCAGACUCUCAACACUUAUCUCGCGCAGCCCCAGUGUCAGGAAUGCAUGGUCAAGACCGGAGCAUACGUCUUGGGCGAGUAUGGAGACCUGCUAACAGAAGUCCAGCCCAUCCAGCUCUUCUACAACCUGCAUUCGCAUUUCAGACAGGUGUCUGCGCCCACCAAGGCUAUGUUGCUGUCUACCUACAUCAAGCUGGCUAACAUGUUCCCAGACAUCAAACCGCAUAUCUCACGAGUUCUCACGGCGUACACUUCCAGUGCGGACUCUGAGAUUCAACAACGAGCCAUUGAGUACGUGUCAAUCAUCCAGAAACCGGAGCUUCUGAAGACUAUCUGCGAUGAGAUGCCUCCAUUCGAAGGCCGAACGUCUGCUUUGCUUUCUAGAUUGCAUGCUCGAGAACUUACCUCUCAGGACCAGCGUUCCUGGGGUCUGGGCAAGUCUGGAAAGUCCGAGGUUGACGCCAUUCGGUCCAAGAGCAUCAUGCGAAAGAACAGCCAGAUUUCUUCGUCCAACAGAUCGGAUUCUGCGUCUCCCUUUGGUGACGAAAAUAACGUGACUACCGGAAACAAGACCACCCCCCCUCCCCCUCCUUCAAGAGGCGUUUCCCACUCCGGCCUGUCGCCCAACUGGGAUCUGGGCUUCUACGAUCUGUGCAUCAAGGACGAAGGCACCUUCUUCAAGGACCCUGUCAUGCAGGUGGGUCUCAAGUCCGAAUACAGAAAGAACCUGGGUUGUGUAAUUCUGUACUUUGUCAACAACUCGGGCACCAAGAUCUCAUCUCUGUCGUGUGAAAUCACAAACAAGGAGCCUGACAACCUGACGGUGUCCACCAAGAACUUCCCGGACUCGUCCAUCGAGCCCAACAAGCAGACCCAGCAGGUUAUUAUCCUCAACUGCCACAAACCCUUCACCUCGUCGCCCACCAUCAAGAUUACGUACAUGGCUGGAACCCUCAAGGUGCUGCAUCUCAAGCUGCCUAUUGUCAUUUCCAAGUUCAUGACCGCCAGCCAGGUGUCCACAGGUGACUUCCAGAACCGAUGGAACCAGCUGGCAGACAAGGAAAGUCGGCGUAUCUUCAAGCCCCAGGAUAUCUCCAAGUCUGCCAACCCUGCUCAUAACCUCAAGGUCAUGAAGGGCUUUGGAUGGUCCAUUGAUGCUCAGCAGAGCACUCGGGACGCCAUCUACGGCGCAGGAGUACUCUACACAUCUGUCAGUGGCAACUUUGGACUGCUGGGGUGUCUUCAAAAGCUGCAGGGCAAUCAGUUUAGCAUCACCAUUCGAGGCACCAAUGCGGUCUUGCCCGCCAUUGUGGGCAAGUGUAUGAGCGAUUAUUACCAGGACAUUAUGUAG